CCGACGUCAUUAUCAUUAUAACGUCACAAUAGAAAUCAAAUCGAGAAGACACACGAAGGCCGAGGCGGCGAUGGGCUAAAGUUUCUAAGAAUGCGCGCGCAAAAUUCGAAAAUCAGUUUAGAACUGAUUAAUCAAACGUAUAAUUUCAAUAAGAAUAUUGUGUGAGCAUUGACGAAGUGUUAUUCGAGGAGCAAUGUCUCAGCGAUAUGGGAGAAAAAUAGCUGGAAAGAGAGGCAAAAAAGAUGAAUCCGAAGCGCAUGAUUUUCAGACCUUCGGUGGGUUUAGCAAGAACAGCGAUGAACCAUUUGGAGUACGAGAAGGUGGGGAUGGCCAAGCUUCGCCAGUAAACGAGUGGCCGGAUAUAUCCGAUGAAAGCGAACUCCCCCUGACAAUACACUCAGUUCCGGUUGGUGGGGUUGAUAAAUCGAGGUUUGGAAAUGAGCUUGGAGGCAUAACAGAUAGAAUAGCAAAGCUUUUGCACGAAUACGAAGCAGUCUACGAUGACGAAUCGUCUCAAGGAUUAGUAGGAGCAAGUGUCACCGGUCAGUCAGUCUUACAUCAACUUGUCACGGAGUGA